UCUUCGACCUUUAUUCUGCUUCUUCUGACGAGAGAGAGAGAAAUAUGAGAAUGAGAGUGAUGAGUUUUCUGAAGCAAUGGCGUGGAGCAGCUAAAGAAGCGUUCGAGAAUGUAUCAAUCGUAGCCAAGUUUCUCUGCUUGCUUCAUGUCACGGAUCGUUAUAUAAUCUCCUCUACUCACGUUCAAGGUCCGAGUAUGCUUCCGACGCUUAACCUCACCGGCGAUGUUAUUUUGGCUGAACAUUUAUCACACCGGUUCGGUAAGAUUGGGCUCGGUGAUGUUGUGUUGGUUCGAUCUCCGAGAGACCCUAACAGGAUGGUGACAAAGAGAAUCUUGGGUUUAGAAGGCGAUAGACUCACUUUCUCUGCUGACCCAUUGGUCGGUGAUAACUCCGUCAGCGUUGUGAUUCCAAAAGGUCAUGUUUGGAUUCAGGGAGAUAACUUGUAUGCUUCGACUGAUUCACGCCAUUUUGGACCUAUACCUUACAGUCUCAUUGAAGGAAAAGCUCUUCUGCGGGUCUGGCCACCGGAAUACUUUGGGUCAUUGAGAUGACGAUCAUAUACAUGCAUAUAUAUUCAGGCAAUCAGGUUGUUUCCCUGCAAGGUGUCGAACGGUUUCUUCUGCAGAAUGAUGCAUCAAGGAUCACCCCGGCGAUUUUACUGCACUAUUUGUUCAUAUUCAUGCUGAGUAAUGUAACGUUCAAAUUCCGAUAAAGUCAUGAAAGAUGGAUAGCCAUGGACCUGAUAUCACUUUUUCUUUUUUUCUUUUCUUUGUCAUCGACAUCACUUUUUCUUAUACCUGCGACUAUAAUGUUUAAGAUUCAUAUUGUUAGAUCGAAAAACUUGAUGUUGCAUAAAACAUCCGAAUAACUUUUUGUCGUCUAGUCACAUUUGAAGGAACAA